AUGACGAGUGGUACUAGUGUGAAUGGCAUUGGCCGUGUCCGGUCCAGAGCCCAUCCUCCCUCCAAUAACCGCCAUCUUGGUACUACUACUAGUAGUGCCAUUGGGAAUGGUAAUGGUGGUACCGGUAGCGUCCAAGGACAUCGAAGACGGAAAAAAAGUCAGCUUUGGGGACCUGGUACUGGUUGGAGCACGGUUUGGUUUUGGCUCUUUUUUGUGGGGGGUCUACUCUUCCUUUCUACCAAUGUCAAUGUCAUGUUGAACACGAUAUUUCCAAAAGAAGAACAAAAUGAUACUCCUCCUAAUGAUCAUACUGCUAUGCAUAGUAGAAAGAGUAAGGAAGAAUUGAUACUCAAUCAUCCUCCACCUUCCAGAAAACAAAAAGACAAACCCAAACUUUUGCAAAGACUGGAAGAAUCCAAAAACUCACAAAACAACUACAAGUACAAGCAGCUAUACAAGCCAGACUCCAAGAAACCAAUACUACCAAAACUGCACCAAGAACAAGAACACAGAAUUCCAUUCAACACAAAAACAAGAAGAAAUAUUGCUGAUAUUACCUAUGCUCAAAGGAGACAAGCUGCUUAUAGAGAUGACCAUGAUGAUAAUCAUCAUCCAGAACUCCAAUAUGCUCCACAACGAAUCCCUGGAUAUCUACCCAAGAGUCCUCGCACUCUUUUUGGGUUUGUCAUGAGAGAUUUUGUCACUCGAGUCUGUUCCAGGAAAAUUGCACAAUCCAACAUUCUAGUUGUCUCACAAGAUGCUCCCACGGUCGCACAGCUCUUAUUGCAAAAAGACAACAAAAACAAUCCACAACAACCACAAGAAUUGCAAAAACACAUCAACUAUACCGUGGGGGGAUCCGCUCUCAUUCAUGCACAUGCACAGCAGCAUACCAUUCACGGCAUUUACGAUGGACAUGACGCCACCAUCAGUAGUGCACAAGAACCAUCCAUCGAAACGUGGUGGAACAAUCAAGAUGGACGACCCAGUUGGUUCCUGCUCAUGAUGGUCGAUUCCUAUCGCAGCGACGAAGUACUACGACAAGCACACACACUACUCCAACAAUCCACCGUCACCUACAUGGUCGUCAGUUUCGGAGCCGAUCCCAACUUUUUACCCUAUGGAAUCGACGCCAUUCGAAUGCUGCUGCAACAACACUCGUACAAAGUUCAACUCUUGUCCAUUUCCCAUGUCCAACACGAUGUGUUUUAUCCCAAUGCCGACAUUACCCUUGCGGGGCUCGAAAAGUUUGAAUCCUUCUUGAUUCAUUCCGCACGAUACGAACCGGUUCGGGGAUAUGUGUUUGCCACACAAGGAUUGGAUCUCGCCAUUCCACUUGCCAGUGACACGGUACAGUCCGUUUCCAAAGAACAAAUUGUCUACAAACCGUGCGAUCCCACGUAUGCCGGAAUUCAAUGGGACGACAAAAACCAUCAAAAUGUCACCAUUACCUGUCGGAAUCGGACCCAACCCGUCGCACCCACACUCACCACGGACAUGAAUCAUCACAACCAAUCGUCGGAUCAACCACUCUUGCUGUGGCACUCGCAUCCCAAUUUUAAUCAAUCCGAGGCCGUCUGUACACGCAUCCAACUCUGCAAACCACCCCGAGGCGUCAAACGGAAAUCGGCCGGCAAAUACUUUGCUCCACCCGAUAUUGCCGCCGCCACCAUUGCAUGUACCACGAGGAUACUGCCCCAAACACCAAAACCAGCAGCAGUACCCAAAAAGACACGUCGACGACCCAACUUGUUGCUACUCAUGAUGGAUCCCAUUAGCCGAGCGCAGUUUCAUCGAACUCUUCCUCAAACCAGCUAUUUGAUCCAACAAAAACUCAACUUCACUUCGUUUUCCUCCUACACGGCCGUCGGAAACAACUCGGGACCCAAUCAGGCCGCCCUCUACAGUGGAGUGCCGCUGUCGGCUGGGAAUCGAGAAUCCAUUGCCGAUACCGAACGCGUCUGGUUGUGGGAUCGAUUGAAAAAGUCGUCAGCACAGUAUGUCACGUUAAAGGCCGAAGACGGGUGCAUUGCCAAUAGCAACAUGUUGCAAUCCAUCAAUCCGCAAGUCGAUCAUGGCGAACAGUUGAAUCGCAUGUUUUGUUUUGAUUUUCAACGUCCCAAUUGUCUGGGAGGCAAACGAGCGGCCGAACAUUUGCUCGAGUAUACGCAACAAUUCAUCACUACCUACAAUACUAAUAACACAGAUGACGACCAGCCAUGGGCCGCCUUUGUCCACUUUAUCGAUUCCCACGAAGAUUCCAUGAUGAUGGCGGGGACGUUGGACGACUUGUUGUGGAAGUUCCUCAUGAAUCUGUACUCUUCACCAGACGAGCCGUCGAGUGUGUGGGACGACACUGUCAUUGUGCUACUGUCCGAUCACGGACUGCAUUAUGGAAACUACCUCAUGACGAGACAGGGUCUCAAGGAGCGGUCGCAGCCCAUGUUUCACAUUCAUUUGCCAUCGAAAUAUACAACCCAAGCCCAGCGAGAGGUCCUCCACGACAACUCCAAGUACUACACGACACCGUUUGAUGUUCACGAGACUCUCCUGCAGUUGCUUCUUCCGGAAGAAAACGCAGCCACGAAGGACUCGUCUCCAAAGCUCCAAGGUUCGAGUUUGCUGGAAGAGUUACCAUCAUCAGGGCAAACCUGUGAGACUACUCCUUUGAUUCCAGAAGACGCGUGUAGGCUCUUUCGAACGACAACUACCGAUCGGGGCGCUCUAUCCUUGGCAGAGAGAAUGGUACCAAGUCCCGCUUCGGCACUCUCGUUCUACUCCGACAUUCCCAAGCAGAACAAGAUGUCAUUGGAAGCACCACCCAUCGACGCGGAAGCUCUGAAUACAACUCAAGCCUUUCUUCGUGGUACGGAAUGCAUGUGUGCCACCAAUCGCCGCCAAUGGAAACGCUGUUCCGAGCACCCGUGGUCCGCACGUAGUAGUGGAUCCCGAUUCCGAGACAAAUCGCUGCAACGAAACUGGUCUUUGGAAGAGACAUUUGCCAUUGUCGACUGUCACAAUACCACAACCAGUGUCCAGGUGCAAGUGCAUCGUAACCCUUCGAUUGUGGAACGACCUGCCGUCCAAAGGUCCCAGAAGAGCGGUAUGGCUCGCCGGCGUCCCAGCAUUAUGUUUAUCGAGGUAGAUUCGGUGUCUUCGGCAUAUGCAGAUCGGCAUUUGCCAAAAACGAGAGAGCUUCUGGAACGAUUCCGGAUUCGCAAGACUAUCGAUGGGACAACCGGAAGGGCUUCUUUUGACUGUGGAAGCUCCAAGUGGUGCUCUGCAGAUCUACAAGAGUUCAGUCCUUUUGGAGGCCCCAACUCCAUACCGAACCAGAUUAGCACCUUUGGAGGUUGCAUGGUCACCACAGGUCCCACGGAGGACUGUGAAAAGACGUCAAAAACGACCGUUGGAGGUACAAGUCGCACAAUCUGCUAUGACGAUACUCAUUUGGCUUUUGGGAUGGAACAAACAAACCAGUUUAGAGAUUCAACAACGUGGUGUCGGGUGUCCGACAUUGAGGGUAGUGAGCAGGUUGGGUCGUCACCCAAGCGCUCACCUUGGAUCUUUGACAUUGCCGAACGAGCUGGCUAUGUGACCCUAUUUGCAGAGGAGUUUUGCUUUGAUAAAAGUCCAUGGACUGCACAAAACAACAUCUUCCCUCUCAAGGCGGACAUUCUCCCCCAUGAACUGUUUUGUCGCAUAACCGAACGGCAAAUCACGCGGAAGGGCGGAAAGGUUUCGGGCCCGCUUUGGAGGUAUGUGGGAGCCACAGAUCCAAACGUUCUAGGUAUUGAUGGAGAGGGAAGCUUUCCAAAAGCAAAUGUCUCCCUCAGCUACCUCAAAUCCAUGUGGGAGGUCUAUCCUGAUAUUCCCAAGCUUGCGUACUUGAAUGCUUUGGCGGCUCAUGUUUAUGCAAAGUACCCAGUUAUGACACUUGCUGCAGAGGAAUACGACGCUAAUUUGGCAUCGUUCGUGGAGAGUAUGCUGGAGAGCCAGGACGCCAAAGACACAAUCUUCGUUGUACGGAGUGAUCACGGCAUGCAAGGCCCUCCCAACAACUUGGACUACUCAACGCAAGUAGAAGCUCUGCGGCCAUGGACAGAGAUCAUCGUCCCAAGGAGCUUUGCAAACUUUUCAUUAGAAAGUUUGCAUGAGAACCAACAAAGAUUGGUGACGGGGCCCGACUUGUACCGGACAUUGACCAAUCUAAUGGUCCAAAACGAGCCAGGGAUCAUGCCCAAGCCCUCCGAAUGGAUGAUUGAUAUCUUGAAUGACGAAAUUCCAAAGUCGCGUACAUGCGCCGAUGCAAAGGUCUCGAGUGAUUAUUGUAUAUAUGAAGACGAGAGGACCUUUGCUGCUCCGAACUUUGGGACGUGCAACUUGGCCGAGACUCAUCAAGACUAUCUGUGCCCGUCCCAUGCAGAAGACUUUCGAUACAGUUUGAGUGCCAACGUCCGUUCUCGGUUCAUUUCCCGCAAGAUUGAAGAGGACAGCUUUUGCCAUGCCAACAACAUUACAGAUACCACACAGCGAGUCAGCUCGUCUUUGCAACAAAAAUGGAGUGAGAUCGACAAGCAAGUUUCCAAGUAUCCCAAAUCCCGGGUAUCCGGUGGCAUCUUCCUCUACCCGCGACAAACAGCCCUCAUCACUUCUUUGGUCGGUCUAUUGGCUGAUUUCAAGAUGAAGAGCGCUGGUAAACGCCUAGUCCUUUGCGAGACUGGCUUUGGCGCUGGCCACGGGAGUGCCACCUUUUUGGCGGCAUCUCCCCACGUCGACCUUCACAUUUUUGACAAGUUUGAUCGACCGUACCAGCUACCGGUAGUGGAGCUUUUGAAGAAGCGAUACCCUCACCAGACUAUUACACACUACAGAGGAGACUCUUGCAAGAGUGUACCAGAGAACUUGGUCCCUGUGAUCCGUCCAGGAGAUUUGGGCGAAACGGAUGUCAAUUGCGAUGUCCUCCAUGGCAGUAGUCUCUGCAGGCGCGAUAACAUUGAUCUUGUCGAGAAGAGUCCUUGUGGAGUGCUACUGACGACCACUGCCAUGAAUUCGCUGGUAGAUGAUGUUGUCUAUUUCGGACCUAACGGACAGUGGACACAUCUCAUGAAGAAUGGGUGUAUCACUGAUGUUGCCUGUUUUACCGAGGAAGACAAGAAACUGGAUCGAACGUACGUGUUCAACAAGGGCGGUGCUACGAUUUCUCACAAAUUUUGCUUUGCCAUUACCACGGGCAAGUGUCAAAAGUUUCAAGGACAAAUAGGGCUUCAAGAACAGAACUGUCAGCGAACUUUGCCGCAGUUCACGAAUCGUGUCUUGAAUUUGGCGCAUCUCUGCACGUCCUUUCAAGUGCCCAUCCCGCCAUUGGAUUGA